AUGCCAUCAAAAAGCAAGCUCAUAAAAUCGUCGAGUUCUAAUAACACCACUAAUGUCAACACUCCAUCUACCAACUUCCCGAUACAAUCCUCUCCAGGAACUUCAACCACCAAGAAUUCGGACCAAAUAGUCAAAUACUUAGAGGAGUGGGCAGGUAGUGAGAAAAUACGUAAAUUUAAAAAAUGCGAUGGGGAUUGGAUAGGAGAUGUAAAGGAUACAAAUUUGUAUCUUUUUUGGAAAACAGUCAACAGCAGUGUAACGACAAGUGAAAAUACAAACGAUAAUAAUUUUGAUUUGGGCAACUCAACGCUGGAAGCAAACUUUGUGGAUAACCUGUCUGACAUUAAUGUGGAUUGGUCUGCCGUCAACGAUGAGGAUUUUAUACAGUUUGACGUACAAAAGGAUGGCUUUUUGGAAUAUUCUUCCCAGGUUAAUAAUUUAACAACAAAGAUUGGUUCAACACCAGACUCACAACAACAAUCGGUGACACUAUCUGAUAACCUACUAAUACCUGAAGAUCUUACAAGACGUAUCCAUUCAACACCACAAAAAACUGAAACCACACUUAGUAAGAAUAACUGCGACAUGGAAGGAGUAAUACCUGAAAAUAUUACAAGCGAAAGACAUUUCACACCAGAAAAAACUAAAAUCACAAUUAGUGAGAAUAACUGCGACAUGGAAGAAGGAGUAAUACCUGAAAAUAUUACAAGCGAAAGACAUUUCACACCAGAAAAAACUAAAACCACACUUAGUGAGAAUAACUGCGACAUGGAAGAAGGAGUAAUACCUGAAAAUAUUACAAGCGAAAGACAUUUCACACCAGAAAAAACUAAAACCACACUUAGUAAGAAUAACUGCGACAUGGAAGAAGGAGUAAUACCUGAAAAUAUUACAAGCGAAAGACAUUUCACACCAGAAAAAACUAAAACCACACUUAGUAAGAAUAACUGCGACAUGGAAGAAGGAGUAAUACCUGAAAAUAUUACAAGCGAAAGACAUUUCACACCAGAAAAAAGUGAAACUAUAGCAGUUCAGUCCUAUCAACAAACAAUUAGGACACAAAAUGAUUCCAAGUCAGAAUUUUCUACACCGUUUAAAAAUGCAUUCUAUUGGCCAGAAACUGCCUCUACUAGCCAAAAUAAAAAAACGGUCAAGAGAAAAAUAACUCCAGCAGUAGCGGCGUGUUCAGAAUACAUAGAGUACCAAAGACGUGUAGAACAAGAAAAGAAAAGUAAACUGGAAAAAGCAGCAUUGAGGAAGAUGGAGAAAGAAAACCGACUAAUAAAUGAAAAUAAAAAGAAAACUAAAAGCGCAAAACAAAAGAAACUGUCCAAUAAUGGAAAAAGAAAAAAAGAACAAGAAGCAGGAGAAAAGAAUUUAUCCGAUCAAGAAAAUAAAGAUGAUAACUGCGAAACAAAAAAUCACACUCUAACCUCUUCCUAA